UAGAGUAUAAAUUUUGAGUUUAAUUAUCGAACUUAUAUGCAGAAACCUCACUCAAAAUCUGAGGUGGACGGUAAAAGCAAGGGAACUAAAGGAGAAAAGGUAAAAAAAUCAACUGUGCCGCUAGAAAAAGUAAGCACUGAUGCAAAUGAAGGGAAAAAUAAGAAGAAAUGGAAGCGAAAGCAGGCAAAUGACCUCCGAUUUGAAGCAGGGAUGGAAAAGUUGGAUUGUGUUUCAACAAGAAAGCAGAGGAAGAAAGAGUUAUACGGACCCUACAGUGCAGUACAACUAUUUGCUUAUGAGAACUACAAGCUGAUACUUGAAUCUUUCACGGUCGUUGUAGUCAAUAGUCUUUUCAAUUGCUUGAUAUACCUUAUACUUGGGUCCUUUAGAAACUUUUUCGGGGAAAGGAUGAGGAACUAUCAGUUUUGGGAAGGCUAGCAGCUGGUGCCUGUGCAGGCAUGACAUCAGCCCUUGUGAGUUAAUUUAAGUUUUUGGAUCUCUAAAUUUUAUGUACUAG